AUGUGGCAACAAUUUACAGCAGGUCUAAUACUUUUUAUGCUGGCAACAGCUGGCGAGGCACAGGCAGCGGGCAAGCAUGUAGUUUGCUAUCAAGGCACCUGGUCUGUUUAUCGUCCUGGCGCGGGACAGUUUGGUGUUGAACAAAUCGAUCCGUUUCUCUGUACGCAUCUAGUGUACGCGUUUCUAGGCAUUAAAGAAACAGGCGAACUGCGCGUUAUAGAUCCGUAUCUCGACUUAGAGGAUAAUGGCGGACGCGGUAAUUUAAAAAAGUUCAAUGCACUCAAGCUGAAAAAUCCCACCUUGAAGACACUUGUAGCUGUUGGUGGCUGGAAUGAGGGCUCCAAGCGAUUCUCUCAGGUUGCUGCUGAUCCGGAGAAGCGUGCGCGUUUUAUUGAGGAUGUGGUGCAGUUUAUACAGCGACAUGGCUUCGAUGGCAUGGAUCUGGACUGGGAGUAUCCAAGCCUACGGCAUAGUUUGCCCGACAAUAAUGAUCGUGAAAAUUUUGUGACACUCUUAAAGGAGUUGAAGCAGGGCUUGGAACCAUUUAGUUAUAUGCUUAGCGCUGCUGUGGGCUCGGCGGAAUUUACGGCAAAGGCUGCUUAUAAUAUAAGCGCCAUGGCGCCUUAUUUGGAUUUGAUAAAUGUUAUGGCUUACGAUCUGCACGGUGCUUGGGAUGAGCUGGUGGGCAUCAAUGCGCCUUUGUAUGCUGGAGCUAAUGAUUUGACAGAAAAGCAGCAACAGCUGAAUGUGGCGGCAGUGGUCAAGUAUUGGCUGAGCCAGGGCGCGCCGCCUGAGAAACUGGUGCUCGGUGUGCCCUUCUAUGGACGCACUUUUACGCUCAGCGAUCCAGCGCAACAUGCGCCGGGUGCCAAUCAUUCUGGACGCGGCAUUGCUGGCAAAUUCUCACGCGAGCCAGGUGUCUUGGGCUACAAUGAGCUGUGCGUGCUGCUAAAAGAGGAACAACAGUGGACACAGGAGUGGGAGUCAGUGCAGCAGGUGCCUUAUGCCUACAAAGAGCGUCAAUGGGUGGGCUAUGAGAAUGCGCGCAGCUUAAAACUCAAAGCCGAAUUCGUGCUGGAGCAAAAGCUAGCGGGCAUUAUGAUCUGGUCGCUGGAAUCGGAUGAUUUUGCAGGCAGCUGUGGUGCGGGCAAAUAUCCAUUGCUCCAUGAGAUUAAUCGCGUGCUCUUCGGACAAGAAACGCCUACGGGCUUGCAGGCGCAGCAACAACAAUCGAUGGAAGACCAAGACUACAGCUGCAGCGCCGACGUCGGCUAUGUGCGUGACAGCCACAACUGCUCCAAGUUCUAUUACUGCAAUGACGGCAGCACCUACAACUUCGAGUGCCCCACAGGCCUGAGCUUUGAUCCCAACACCGAGAGCUGCAAUUAUUCCAAUGUUGUUAAGUGUUGAACGUGCCUAUGGCAAACAAAUUGUAGGAGGAAUCUAUAUACUAUGUACUUAUAUAUAUUAAUGAUCAGCAAGAGAAACAAAGUGCAUUUGCCUAGUCUAGAACUCGCUGCUUGGAAGUUAUUCAAACCAGAGCAUGUAUAAAAGUUGGUUACGUCC